AUGUCAAACCAAAUUCGCACUAUCUGCCCUUCAACGCACGCGGUCAUCUUUGACCAGCCCGGAACUUCGCUCGAAGAAGCUGUCAAAGUCGCUGCGGCCUCAAAGCAAGCCUUUGAGUCCUACAGAACAACCUCCCUAGAGGAUAGAAAAAGCAUUGUGAAGCGAGCACUUGACAUCAUUGAGCAUCGCCGCGAUGAGCUAGCUAAGGAGCUCACGGCCCAAAUGGGUCGACCCAUCCGGUACUGCGCAUCCGAAAUCAACACCAUGCGUGUUCGCGCCGAGUACCUGAUGGACAUCGCCGAAGAGAGCUUGUCCGAUCUCCCUGGUAGACCCGAAUCCGGAUUCCGACGAAUGGUCAAGCGAGUUCCCGUGGGACCGGUGCUUAUUGCAGGUGCUUGGAACUAUCCUUACCUCACGACUGUCAAUGCUCUUGUCCCAGCGCUUCUUGCUGGUAACAGUGUUAUCCUGCGACCUUCGCCGCAAACACCACUGUUUGGAAAUAGAUUGCUCGAUAUAUUCACCGAGGCAGGACUUCCACCCCAGGUUCUCCAGGUUAUCCACAUUGGAAAUCUGGAUGUUCUGGACCAAGUGGCACAGAUUCCCGAGAUCCAGUCCGUGUCAUUUACAGGAUCGACCGCAGGAGGUAUUAGGCUCAGAGAGGCAACGGCCCGUCAUAUCAAGCCCGUUCACCUCGAGCUCGGCGGGAAUGAUCCCGCAUAUGUGCGUGCAGACGCGGACGUGAAACAUGUCGCAGAGCAGCUUGUGGACGGAGCUGUUUUCAACUCGGGACAAAGUUGCUGCUCCGUUGAGCGGGUUUACGUGCAUGAACGGAUUUAUGAGGACUUCGUUCGCGCUGUGCAGGAAGAGCUGAAAUCGUAUAAACUCGGUGAUCCGCUUGAUCAAAACACAACAACCGGUCCUGUCAUCUCAUCGCAGGCUGUGGAGAAGAUCAGCUCGCAUGUCAAGGAUGCACUUGCUAAAGGAGCUGUUGAUGCUACGCCCUCAAAUCCCACCUUCGAUGUGGCUAGCAACCCUCAGACACAGAAAGGCAACUUUGUCGCUCCUGUCGUUUUGAUCAAUGUGAACCACACCAUGGCUACCAUGAAAGAGGAGACAUUUGGUCCCGUGAUGCCAAUCAUGAAGGUUUCUGGUGACGAUGAAGCAGUUACGCUGAUGAACGACAGUGACUACGGUCUGACUGCAAGCGUUUGGACAAAGGACAUCACUCGCGGGGAAGAGUUGAUUGAUCGCAUUGAAGCCGGUACUGUGUUUAUCAAUCGCUGCGACUAUCCCAGCCCGGACCUUGCAUGGACGGGCUGGAAGACAUCGGGCUUGGGAUGCACUCUUGGCCCACGGGGCUACGAUGGAUUCGUCAAGCUGAAGAGUUACCACAUCAAGGAUGGCUCAUCGUGA